AUGACUGAUUCCGUCAUUCAGAAUUUGCAGUCGAGAGAUCCGUUUGCUGAGGAUGAGAGUAUUAUCAGAGGUGGGGCCGGCCAGGAUGGUUACAUUCACAUCAGAAUUCAACAACGUAACGGCCGAAAGACAUUGACAACUGUUCAAGGAGUGUCGUCUGAGUUUGAUUUGAAAAAAAUUGUCAAAGUUGCAAAAAAAGAAUUUGCAUGCAAUGGAACAGUUGUCGAACACCCAGAAUAUGGGGAGGUCAUUCAGCUGCAAGGUGACCAAAGACAAAAUAUAAGCAAAUUCCUAAAACAAGUGGGACUCGCUCGUGAUGAUCAGAUCAAAGUCCAUGGUUUCUAA